AUGAGCUCGAAGAUGUUGGAUGAUGUGGACAAUAAUAUGAUGGGUAUCAAGUCUAUCAAUCUAUAUGAACUACUUAGCGAUGUGGUGAAACAGGGCGAUAAAACGCGAUUGAUGAUGGCGGGUCCCCAGCAAGUUCUGCCUGACCUAAUUCGGCAUAUCACUGAAACUAUACCGUUUGACCUAUUUAUAAACCUCAAGAAUGGAAUGAGCAAUGCCAGAAGUCUCGUUACCAGAUUAAAUUGUCUCGGUAAGUUUCUGAAUGAUAAUUUUUUACAAAACCAUGCAUUCCCAUUCACAAUACUUCGGAUAUGCGAAUUAUGUUAUGAUCCUUUCAAAUAUUAUAAAAUCAAUGAAUUGGAGAAGUUUGUAAAUGCGCUGGAAAAAUGUUGCAUGGUAACUAGCAGUUGGCAGGAUCUUGAGAAAAACCCAGACGGCGAGAAGGAAGAGGAUGAUAAGGAGAAGGAUAUCAGCUUCAUCAAGAAUCAAGAAGAUGUUUCGCUACUAAAGAUACCGUGGAUGACUGAGGACAGUAUCAGCGAGUUAGUACCCUUUAUAAAAGAAAUCGAUUCUAUAAUGAGUGUCAACCUAGGCUACGAUGAUGAGGAUGAAGAGGAUGAAGACAAUGGCGACGGAGAAGAAGGAUUUUUUGAUGGUGAUGAAAAUGGGGAAAUGGAGAAUAAGGGCAAGCGUAAUGUUUUGUUGAAAGAUGAGAAUUUCAUGGUGGAAGAAUACUAUGAGGAUGACUGCGACAUAAACGAUGAUAAUAACGAUAAGGAGAGGCAAAAUAGAAAGAGCGCUGCUACCAAGGAUAACAGUGAUUACGAAGAUGAAGACGACGAUGACAACGAUGAGGAUUAUCACGAAGAUGACGCAGAUGAAGAAGACGAAGAAGACGAUCAUAUGGGAAGCACAGAUGACGACGAAGACGAUGAUGAAGAUAGGCGAAUGGGCGGGAAUAACAAGAUGCAAAAAUUUGACGAAAAAAAUGAAACUCCAAGGAAGAGGAAGCCCACAGAUUUAGAUAACUUUGAAUAUGAUGAAUCACCAUCGUUCACAAACAUGGAUCUAACGACACCAAAGAAAUAUAAACAUACCACAGCAGGCAGAUUCUCCAUAAUAGAAUCACCAUCAUCUUCGCUCGUCGAUGCCAUGGAUGGAAGUCAUGAGAUUUCAUCGAGCCAAGAGGAGGAGAAAGAGGAUCGUCAUGGAAAUGACGAGGAUCGGAGUGAAGGAUUGUUACAAGGUGACGAAUUGGUGAGCCCGUCGAUGAGUUCCUCACAAGAGGAUAAGAUGGUUGCGAUUGCUGGUAUUACUUACCAUGAGAAUAUCAGCAGUCCGUUAGGCAAGAAGUCCAGAUGA